UGCCACGUUCCUUUCUCGACCAAUGAACACGUUCUUGUAACCACGGACGCGCGCCUGAAACAGUCGAGUGCCACCUGUUCUGAUCUAAAGAACGAGGUGGCACUAAGCGGAUACAUAAAAGAAGAAAGGUUAGAGAAGAAGUUGCGAAUUGCUAUUGACAGGAACAAAAAUAAUAAUGUCAGGGGCACAGGGUGCAGAGCCACCGGAGUCGAAGACGGCGACGACUUACGAGUCGCUAGAAGGGGGAGAGAACAGGACGAGGCUAAAUUUGAAGUCAAAGGAAGACGAAGGUGGCAUCCAGGUAGAGAAGCUGGAGGACAAGGUACCGGAUGCCGCUUGCCAAGGUGGUCCUGUAUUUGGCGCCGGCGAUCAGGACAAGACCUCGCCGGAUCUCGGUGUUACCGGCACUGGGUAGUUUAUUUCUGUUUCCUAUGAAUCGUGUUUUUUAUUUUUCUUUGUAAAUAAAUAAAUGAUUAUUAUAAAUAUAAUAAAUCAA